AACUGGCCCGGCGCGGUGGCUCACGCCUGUAAUCCCAACACUUUGGGAGGCCGAGGCGGGCGGAUCACCUCAGGACUCCAAGGCUCUAAGGAUGGAAGAGUCAUAGUUGGAAAGAGCCUGGGUACCUGAAUCACUGUAUGGAGGAAAAUCACUUGCUGAGCAGGAACAUCCUCAUUGGACUAGCUAUGUGGUUGAGAAUCUCAGCACUUCUUCCUGCCUCCUCAGUUGAGAAUCACUGAUUUACAGUGAUCUGGUCAAGACUUUUUGCUGGCAAUCCAAAAAGGAAGACAAACCAACCAACCCAGAGUUUUGCUCUUGUUGCCCACGCUGGAGUGCAAUGGCACGAUCUUGGCUCACUGCAACUUCCGCCUCCCGGGUUCAAGGGAUUCUCCUGCUUCAGCCUCUGGAGUAGCUGGGAUUACAGAAAUUUGGUUGGUAACAUUGAAGAGACACUUCUCACCUGCCUGAAAUGCCCUUCAUUAUCUUUUCAGGUUGCAAGGGCUCUGGAACAGCCCUUGCAGUACUCACAUAAAGGAGCCUGAGCUGAGUCCACACCCUGGAAGCCCAGAACUGAGGGAACAGAUGGAAGAAAGAAAGACAGCAGGUUUAGGGGAUGAGAAUAACCACAAAGGACAAGCCAUUGCUGGAUGACCUGUCCUGGGCCAGUGACCCUGAACUUCAGCCAUAUUUCAGCAUCACAAGGUACAGUAUGCCAACACCUCAGCUCCAUGUUGAGUCAAAGCAGUUAACACAGCCAAGGUAUUCAGAGGACACUAAUGAUAACAGUAGCUACUGACUAUUUCCUGGCCAGCUGGGGAAAUAAAGAACUGCUCCUUACAAGAAAAGGAAUCAUACUGCUAAGAAUUCAGACUUCAGCAGACAUGGGGAGCCUUGGGAGGAGCCCGAAUCACUGAUGGAAUUGGACAGUGCAUGGAGACGGUUCAGCAGGACAAGGUGCUCAAAAUUCAUCCCUGUGUGACCUCAAGUAAGCCACAUAACUUUGUGAUCCUGCAGUUUCAUCAUAUUUAACAUGAAAAAAACUUGACAGAUUUUCAUUCUGCCACAGAAUGUCAGGUCUCCCAGACACCAGAAAAUACAUUGACUUAAAGCCUUUGAUACAUCUCAAAGCAGUAUCCCUAUGCAGUAUAGUUGGAAGAUGGUGGGGGCUGUAGAGAGGGAUGCUUUCAAAUGGGAUUGAUCCAGUCCUCCUUCCUUCACUUCCACAUGAAUGCUGGGCAGCCCAGGGUCACACCCACUGCACCCUCAACUCGGGCAAGUCCAACAGCCAAACUGAGGAGACCUGGGCUACAGAACAGUCUCUCAAGUUCCAGGCUCACAAAACCUAGGUGGGAAUGAAUGCUGAGAAAGUGAGGAGGUGGUUCAGGUGAUCACUCUCCCCUACUCGUUCCUCUCACGUCAAACUCACCUUCUACUGCACAGCAACACUGAGGAUCACCAAAUACCAACUACUAACACCAAGACCAUGACCUUGAUGUUGCCAUGUUCUGUUAGUGGAAAGCAACCACACAUCAGUUGUGUUAGUCCAACUCAGAAAAAUACUUAUCAAGCAAUAUUCCAUAAGAACUGCUCAUGGCCCUGUUCUUUUCAAUAUAUGGGAAAACUAAAGGAAAACAACAAAAUAGUAUCAGGUUUGCAAGACUUCCCAAGAUCGAUGGUCACACGUGUUUUCAGGAGCUCCCUAUGUAAAUGAUUUUGAUCACUUGAUACCUUGAAAAGAGCUCUUAUGGGCCCAGAAUGACAUCCGUAAGUGACAAGUAUGAAAUGUAGUGUUCAGUCACAUUAAAAAACAAAUCAUCCCACAUAGAGGAAGAGCUUUGGAUGUAGGAAUGUCAAACUGGUCUUAAAUGUAAUGAAAAGCCAAGAUGGUGCCCCAGUAAGAAAAAAGAAAUCAACAUAACAAUGGGAUGCAGCAAGAAGAAUACUGAGACAGGAAAGAAAACAUUUUUAAAAAAAUUAAUUAUUCAUUCACUUUCUGGUGGAUACAGAAAAAACUGCAGAAGACCCACAGGAUAUCAUGGCAGUCUAAAAGUUUGAUAUCUUACACCGUGGAAAAGCCUUAAAUUCUAUUUUAACGUGAGAGAAGGUGGAGUGACUGACUUCAUGACUACCAUUUAGAAAAUAUAACCUGUUGGGAAACUAUUUCUGCCUUGAUGAUUUUAUACACACAAGAAAUGAACAAUGAGGAAGAUGCUUAGACGUAUUGGGAAAGAGAUGGGUCUGUGGCAUUGUCACAAGGGUACAAGGGUACACAUAUACUGAGAGUGAAUGCUGAAGGGAAGUCUCCCAUCGGUGGUGACCUCACGUGUGACCAGGGCGCCUGUGUUUCAGCAAAGCCUGGGCAAUUGGAACGCAGGGCUCCUAAGAUUCCAUGACACCCCCACCUUCUAAUUCUGUUAUUGCAACUGCAGACCGUUACCUGGCACGCUGGCUGCCACCUCCCUCACUCUUGUCAGAGUCUGAGCUAUAGGCAGUGCCUUCAGCUCUGAGCUCAGGCAUCUCAAACCUUGUUUUUGCGAUUAAGGACUCUAAAGUGCUGUGGAGAGUGAUCACGUUUUUCUCAACAUCCCUGGCUCCACCUCUUCUGCCACAAACAUCAGCAUGGUGGUGUCUGCCGGCCCUUCAUCCAGUGAGAAGACAGAGAUGAACACUGGAGAAAUCAACAAGAAAUUGCGCCCCCAGCCGGCAGAGAACUAACAGCAGUUCAGAAACAUAAAGAGAAAUUUCUUAGUAUGAAGAAUUCAAAGACCUCAUAAAAUCUAUGCUGAGGGAUGAGCUGCAAUUCAAGGACGAGAAGCUUGCAGAGCAGCUCGGGCAAGCUGAGGAGCUCAGGCAAUAUAAAGUCCUAGUUCACUCUCAGGCACGAGAGCUGGCCCGGUUAAGGAAGAGAUUACAGGAAGGGAGAGAUGCCUCCCGCUCAUUGAAUCAGCAUCUCCAGGCCCUCCUCACUCCGGAUGAGCCUGACAACUCCCAGGGGCAGGAUAUCCGAGAACAGCUGGCUGAGGGCUGCAGGCUGACAGAGAACCUCAUCCACAAACUCAGCCCAGAAAAUGAUGAAGAUGUGGAUGACGAUGUUUACGUUGAGGAGGCUGAGAAAGUGCGGGAAUCAUGUGCCCCCAGCAGAUAUAUAAGAAGAAUCUUCAUGUGUGCAGAGCUAUCUAAGCAUGGAGGCUGUAGUGGUUAACAAGACAGAUGAAGUCUCUGUUCAGAUGCUGCUCGACCAGCUCAACUUAGGUGAAUAAACAAUAUCUAUAGAGCAAGUGGAGGAAGAUGAUCCAACAUAGAAGAAAGAAGAGAGAUGAUCAGGGAAGCAGGAGGAGGCUUCUCUGGUGUCAUCAAAGCCCAUGAAGAGAGACUUCCAAGAUACAGGGAGUGGUCAACAAGGUGAAAGACUUCAGCGAGGCAGAGUAUGGUGGAGGCUGAGAUGUGUCCACCUGAUUGGCAAUCAUAUCCUUGGAGACCUUUGCCAGAGCAGUUUUAGUGUGGUGGUAGGAAGAAAGACAGAUGGCAGUGGACUGAGGAAGAGAGAUGAAGAGUAGAGAUGGGGGUAUGGAUUACUCAUUUGAUCAAAUUGAAUAUGAAGAAAAGGAGAAAGUGGCAGCCAGAGGGGAUCUAGGAUUAAGGGUAUAUUUAAAAAUAUACAGGUUUACAAGCUGUGGAGAAGGAGUUACCAGAAUGAGAAGUCAAAGAUUCCAGGUUGAAAGAAUGUGAACAAUGAAACAAGACCCCAGAGGAGCCGUGGGUGACUGGAAUUACUUCACAGAGGUGGAGAAGGAGAAGAGUGGGAGGGAGGCUGUAGAUAGCUUGUAGGUUUGGGCUGUACAGGGCUGUCCUUUCCCAUGGCCUUUUUGAUGCUAUGAGGCAGGAAGUAAGGCAUCUGUGAGCAUAGGCAUUGGGUAGGGGGCACAGAGGGCAUAGGCAUUGGGUAGGGGACUUGAGGAGGUCCUGUGGUCUCAGAGGAAAUGGAAAGAGGAGCUGAACCAGAAUGGCUGAGUGGUGUGAAAGUUUAGUGACCUAUCAUUUUGUGGUGACUUCAAUCCACAUGGUUGUGUGAUUGUGUGGCUGUAUGGCUUCUUCCAGGUGUGCUUCGAAGUUUAGUCAUCAGAUCCAAGAGAACGGGCUGUGGAAUGAAUUUAGGGUUAGGUGUGUGUGUAUGGGUAUAAACAAAGGAUAAAGGGGUGAAGGAGUUGAGGGCAUGGGUGAGAAAGAAAUUCACUUGAUUGGCACUGCAUGCUGGACAAAGAAGGAAGGAGAAAGGACACAGAAGGUGGAUGGUGGGAAGGCUCCACAAAAUCAAGGAGCAAGGUAAGUGGAAAAGAGGGAUGGAGAGAGCUGGCAUGUAAGAAGUUAUUGGUAUAGUCUAAUUUUUCAGUGAGUUUAACAUGUUGUAGGCAGAGCCCUUAUAAAUGAUGACAAAAUCUAA